AUGCCUCGCGACACCUACCUCAAGCGCUCACUUGGCACCCUCUCCCGUCGCAUUCGCGAGUCGCGAGUGCUCCUCGUCGGGGCUGGGGGCAUCGGCUGCGAGUUGCUGAAGGAUCUCCUUCUGUCCGGCUUUGGUGAAAUCCACAUUAUCGAUCUGGACACGAUCGACCUCAGCAAUCUCAAUCGCCAGUUCCUUUUUCGUUUCGAACAUAUCAAGAAAUCCAAGGCAUUGGUCGCGAAAGAGGUGGCCCACAAAUUCCAACCUGGCGCAAAGCUCGAAGCCUACCAUGCGAACAUCAAAGACUCCCAAUUCAACGUGGACUGGUUUUCCAAAUUUGAUGUCGUAUUCAACGCCCUGGAUAAUCUCGAUGCGCGUCGUCAUGUGAACAAAAUGUGCUUGGCUGCGGAUGUGCCCUUGAUUGAAAGUGGCACGACCGGUUUCAAUGGCCAAGUGCAGGUCAUCAAGAAGGGCAAAACGGAGUGCUACGACUGCAACCCAAAGGAGGUUCCGAAGUCAUUCCCUGUUUGCACGAUCCGCAGUACUCCCAGCCAGCCCAUCCACUGCAUUGUCUGGGCUAAAAGCUAUCUUUUCCCGGAACUGUUCGGGACGAGCGAGGAUGAGACCGAGGAUCUUGAUCAUUCGGAGGAUUCAGAGAACUCCGAAGAAAUCGCAAACCUCCGCAAAGAGGCCCAGGCUCUCAAGGAGAUCCGACAAUCGAUGGGCUCCCCCGAGUUCGCCCAAAAGGUGUUCCAGAAAGUAUUCAAGGAAGAUAUUGAACGACUACGUGGAAUGGAAGACAUGUGGAAGAGCCGAAAGCGCCCAGAACCUUUAGACUAUCAAAAGCUCGAGGAAGAAUCGUCCGGGACCGAGACCACGAUAUCGUGCAACGACCAGAAAGUUUGGACACUGUCCGAAGAUUUUGUCGUUUUCAAAGACAGCUUGGAUCGGCUGAGCAAACGGUUGAAGACGCUCCAAGACAUAACAAAUGAUGGCGUCAAACCCAUCCUCGUCUUUGAUAAGGAUGAUAUGGCUGGCAACAUUAUCCCGGCGAUUGCUACGUCGAAUGCCAUGACUGCUGGUCUCUGUGUUCUGCAAGCGUAUAAGGUCUUAAAAGACGACUAUGCUCACGCAAAGAUGGUAUUCCUUGAACGCUCAAGCGCCCGCGCGAUCAACUCAGAUGCUCUCAAUCCCCCCAAUCCGAACUGUCCAGUGUGUUCCGUGGUCCAUAUCCGAACCAAAACCGAUCUGGAGCAUGCCACUGUCAAAGACUUGGUGGAGACCCUGCAGUCGGAGUUGGGCUAUGGCGAAGAAUUCUCUCUAAGUAACGAUCUGGGGACGUUUUAUGACCCUGAUCUCGAGGACAACUUGCCCAAAAAGCUAGGUGAUCUUGGGGUCCAGAACGAAGGAUUCAUCACGGUGGUCGACGAAGAGGACGAUGAACCACGGGUGAAUAUCCAACUUCUUGUUCUCGCCGAAAGGUCUGACGAGCCCUCUGGCGAAGAACAGAAGCCCGUGCGCUUCGAAAAAGUUCCCGAGAUCCCUCGCAAGCCAAAAGCACCAGCCCCGACUGAAGAACAGACCAAUGGCACUGCUGGGACCGGGAAAAGAAAACGCGGCGCCGAUGAGGCUCCGGCAGAGAACGGCCGUGUCAAGCGGGUCGCCAGCGUUUCGGUGGCCGAAGGCGAUGAUUCCCAUCCCAUCGUCUUGGAUGAGGCUGAUGGGGGCGCGAUUUUGAUUGAUGACGAUUGA